AUGGCGGGGCCUGCUACGGCUCGAGCGAAAACCCUGCCUCCGAUUGUCAAAGGCACCGCCAAGCUGUUUCCACCCGACGGGGAUAUAGAGCUUUCAAUUUUGGCGCCAUUGGCUGAUUUUCUAUCACCGGAAGUUCGCGCAAUCAUAUUCGAUGACGAUGGGCUCCUCACUGAUAUUUCGACGGACCCGGAAGAGGACGAGACUAUGUUUAUUGCGUAUCCUCCCGUCUCGCUCUUACCAUUUGAUCGUGUUGUCCUUGAGGAGUCUCGGGUGAUUGGAUUUACAACAAAGUACAUCCCAGGUGGAACUCUCGCCAAUUCAAAGGUCCUUUUUCGAUUCGAGUGGCUGCAGCAGCUUACUCAACUCGUGGAUUUUCUCAACCUGGAAUAUGGGAUCAUGCAUCAAGAUAUUGCACCCCGGAAUCUACUUAUCGAUCCUUCCACACAUAAGAUUCUUCUCUUCGACUUCGAUCGGGCUGCAUCCGGAGAGAAAAACCUAUGCGACGGUCGGGAUGAUGUUAGUAGCGUUGUGUUCACACUCUAUGAGCUUAUCACGAAUGAUACGUCCUUCUCGGGUAUCCCCCACUGGGAACGAAAUAUGGAUGUGGUGCAAAGUAUGUCAAAGUGGACUAGCCAUCUCGAGCUGGGCUCGGAGGUAUUGAAAUUCCGCAACUUUCUGAACGAAUGGGUAGCAACAAGAAGAUCCGACGUGGACGGUGACAUGAACGAUAUCUGA